AGGGUUAAAACAUGGUCUCCUCUUUUAAUAGGAAAACAAAUUGAAGGAGUAUGGCACACAGCGGUAUUAGUAUAUAAUAUGGAAUAUUUUUAUGGUGGUGGUAUAUUAUGCCUUGAUCCUAAAGAGUUUGAAGCUUUUUAUGAUAUAAAUCCAGUGAAUAUAAUAGAUAUGGGAACAACUGAAAUACAUCAAACAUAUUUUCAUGAAUAUUUAAAUGGUAUUCAAAAAGAUUUUACUGUUGAUAAAUAUAAUUUGGUAAAUUGGAAUUGCAAUAAUUUUACUAAUGAAGUUUGUAAUUUUUUAGUUGGUAAAAACAUUCCUGAAUACAUAUUGAAUACUCCAUAUGAGGUGAUGUCAACUAGUAAAGGAAAGUUAAUUUUAGAUAUGAUGCAAUCCUAUCAAACCAUGAUUGCUCCAGGUAUGGAAGGUAGUUCAUUGGAAAACAAUAAUAGUAGCGAAAAUAAAAGUAUACAUAAUAAAAAGGAUUUUUGUAAGUUACCAAGUGUUACAUUAGAUAAUUUCUUUGAUGGAAACAGAGUGGAAGAUUUAAUAGAGGAAGUUAUAAAAAAUGAGAAAUAUAAUUCAAAUCAGAAAAACACAUUUUUAGAUACUUUAAAAAAAAUUUUAGAUGAUAUAGUAAAAAAUUUAGAUAAUUUGGAAUAUCGUGUUCUAUAUAAAAAUAGAUGUGAUAUAUUUAACAAUUUAUCUACUAUCAGUGAAUAUAAUGAAAUAUUGUCAUCGAUUGGUUUUUUUCAAGGAUAUAUUGAAAAAGAUGAAAUAAAUAACAUACAAAAUUUUACCAUUUUUAUAGACUCUAAAAGGAAAGGGCAUUCUUUUUCAGAACAUUUAAAUUUAUUUGUGAAUAAAAAAAUUUUUUUGAAAAAUGAAAAUAAAACAAUUUCCAAAACGAGUGUACUGAACUUUAAAGAUUUGAUUGAUUAUAUUCCUUGUCUCGAAAGAAAAAAAAAUAAUUCCAAUGAUUUUUUAAUUUUUUUGUCAGAUGCAUUUAUAAACAAUAAUUUUGAUAUCAUAAAUGAAAAAAAUGAUAUUAAUUAUUUUAAAACCAUAAAAGAAAAGAUGAAUGUUGAUCCAUAUAUUGAAAAAAAAUUCUUAUUAUCAACUUUGGAAAUUUUAAAAAAAAAUUUAAGCUCUUUGUGUUCUCUAGAAUAA